UUCUCGCUUAAAAAUACAUAAUCAUUUCUAGCUCGACGUCGUCAAAAUACAUAAUCACACACAAAGAGCUUAAGCCAAAAUUUGCAGCUGCACAUUGCUCAUGAAGCCUAUCACUUGUCAUAUGGAUUACCCUAUCAAUGAGCAAGUAGAGAUACAUCCUCGAGUUGGUCGCCGUCGGUAGCACCCCGGCCUGGGAGACGCCCGAUCCACCAAAGACGGGACUACUAUUUCGUUAGACUCUGCAAGUUCGGAAUUACACCUCUGCAUCGCACUGGUGUGUACACCGUGAGUGCCCUAUGCACGCGAUUCGAACGCUGGUGCUGCUGAUCGUCGCGGGCGCUAGCAUCGCCAAACCGCUAGCAAGGCAUGCCCGUCAUAGCGGCACCCAUCAUCCCCAGAAAGUUCAUCCCAUUCCCGUGGCCCAUGGCAAGUCCAAGGCUACACGUCAGGAUCGAGGUCAGCCGGCCGCCGGUCAACGCCAAUGCCAGCCUUUGGUGAAAAACGGGGAAAUCAGUCCAGCUGCCUCGAUGGUCGAUCCAACCAUUAAGCUGUUGCUGAUGAGCUCGCCCAAGGCCGGAGCGACGCUCGUCGAACGGCUCAUGUUGGCGCGGGUGAACUUGACGGGCGCGGCGGUACACUUUAAAGGGUAUCCGCUGCGAUACUCGCACGAAGUCUUCCAGCAGGCCAAAGGCCGCCUGCCCACGCCAGGGCACUUGGCCUCGUGCGCGCCGGGGACGGGGUGGCUCUGCGUCGCCAUCGUGCGGAAUCCCCUCGAUCGCGCCAUCAGCUCCUACAUCCACACGCUCCUCUACUGGAAAUCUCUUGGAGCGCCCUUUCACGAACUGGACGGAAACGCGAACGCGUCCUUUGCCGAGUUCGCAGCGGCGCUGGACAGGCGAGCACGUAAAAAAGCGAGCCACUCCCCGGGAGACGGCCACUUCAUGCCGCAGAGCGUGCCAACUAGGACCGGGGCCUUGCGCCCGGGCGUUCUAUACGUGCCGAUUGAGAUGCUGACGGAACCCGGCGGCUACGCGUGCCACUCGCUCGCGAGGGUGCGCGGCACGGGCCUCAAGGCGGCAGAGGCGGCGGCGCAGGGCGAUAAUUCGCGGCACUACAUUACAAAGGCCACGAGCAGUCCCCCGGGAAGCGAGCACUGGUCCUUCGCCAAAGUGCGGUCCGCCAAGAAGACCCCUAACUACGACUCCUUCUGGAAUAACACGGCGUUCUGUAGGAAGGUCGUGGGCUGCCUCUACCGAGCCGACGUGGAAAUGUACGUGAGCGCCUGCCGGGCACCGGCGUUGGAGACCUGCGCGGCCUUCCGUUCCGCCUGCGAGGUGCAGCUCGGGCGGCUCCGUGACGUGUGCGGGCUCGACGUUUGA